CGUGAUAAUAAUGCUGCCCGAAACAUUGGUCGUAUCUUCAUGCAAUACGUCCAAACUGGUAAUUUGAGAUCGCGACCACCGUCGAUGCGUCGUCCCGCUGGAGAAAAUGUAUUAGACGAUGCCCACGACGACGAGUUUGAAGAGGAGGAGGAAGACGAAGAAGAGCAGGCCUUGGCGCCUGUCAUGGAGUGAGUGGAGGGCCACUCCAACGAGAUACAAAUUGGGGGGAGACCCCCAGCCUACUGGUGUUCAGAUUUGAAGUGCCGAUAACUUUUUGACGUAGCAGGAGUGCAACCUCACAUUUCCACAGCUUUUGGGACUAGAGCGGUUAUGGAUUCACUCCAAGAUGUUUUCGAGGGUGCUGCUACUAUAGAGGAAAAUGCCAUCCAGUACUCGAUCUUUUUUCCUGUACUCUCGGAUCCCGACUCCAUGUUGGACCGAGUGCAGGAUUCCCUGGCAAUGAUCCGAUCGCUAGUCCAACCUCAUAUCAAUGACUACUUGUGGCAAAAAGAUCAGUUCUACUUAGCGAUCGUUCACGAUGAUUCCAAAGAUCCUGGCUAUCCAUACCUACACGGCAUUACACAUUUCGGCGACUGUAUUCACGACGAGUGGUUUAUCGUAUACCUUCUUCGACUGAUUACCGAGAAAAUAGCGAAUACGGUAGCAACACUCUACGACAAUGACGGCGAUGUGUUAUUGAUCGAGGCAGCCAUGGCGCUUCCUGCAUGGCUCGAUCCAAGCAACAGCCAGAAUCGUGUAGCCUUGUACAAAGGCGACGUACAUAUUAUACCCAUGCCGCGCACUCCCGCCGACUUGAUACAGGUACCCGUUGCAUUAACACAAGCACGCGCCGUCGAGAUCAUUCGCAAUCCUCGUAUAGAAACGCGUGCCGAUGCAGCAAUCCAGGAAGUGAUUGACGCACGCAAGGCCACCCACGACGAACGACACCUCGCGCGAUGUACAUUACCUGCACAUGCUGCCUAUGUGCUUCUCCAACACCCACAACUUCUUCCACUCGCCGUUGAGGCGUUCUAUCUUCGUGAUCCAGUCGGUCUCAAAGCAUGCAGCACAAUGCGUCGAUUUCCGCCGAACGAUUCCGUCACUACGACCGUUAAGUUUACAAAGACCACCUAUGCCCAAACUGUCAGCCAAAAGUUUUAUCCACCCAAACCAUUUCACUUGCCGAAACCUAGCAAUAAGCGCUCGUUUUUCAUGGCUGAACUCGGUAUGAAGGUUGCUUGUGGCCUGGAAAUGCUCUAUUAUCAAAGCAGCAGUAUUGACGCGAAUGUCGACGAGGAAGCACAGAAAACCAAAUCAAUUGCCGAAGAUCCCAAAUACAAGCAGUUUUUGUCUCGCUUGACGCGACUCGGUUAUUUCCGACAGGAACGAUCUGGAUCCAAGCUCUAUCGAGAGUUAGAACAACAAGCCCAGCAACAGUAUCGAGAAAUGCGACGAGAUGUGGACGACCCUGAGACGUUUGCGGGUAGCCAGGUGCUACCUAACCCGCACAAAACGAUCGAUAAUCUUUUAUCCACUUAUUCGGAAGAAGCGCUCGAUAAAUUGCUAAAGGCCAAUCCAGAUAUUGAAGACAACGAUGAUUGGAUGAAUGUGGAUCCACAGCAAUUGGAGGAGUUGUUGAACCAAAGAAUGGGUCAAAUGCAAAAUGGCAUGAUGGCGGAUUUCGAGCGUGAAAUAAACGAUGAGGACGACGACCCUAUGCCUGAAGGCGGCGUGGAUUUAGACAAGAUGAUGUCUCAGUUUGCAAAUUUCAUCGAAGGUAGCAAAAGUGGACUAGACGGUGUAGAUUUUCCAGGCGAAGAAGAAGAGGAUGAGGAUGACAGCGACUAUGAAGGAGAAGAAGAUGUGGAUGCCUCGUUAUCAUUCGACGCUGAGCGUUUCAUGAACAUUUUAACGAACGUGCUGGGUCCGGCACCCGGAGUUCCUGUUGAGCAAAAAGAGCAAGAACAACCGCUACAAAAAGAAGAAAAGGAUCGAUUAGAUGAGGAAGAGGAAGAGGAUGUUAUCAAGCAAAUGGACGAAGAGAUCAACGCACAAGAGAAGUUGGGAUCGUUUGCCAAGCAAACCGACGAUGUAGAUGCGCCUGUCGACGUAUCUCUUAAUCUAGUAAAGAACAUCCUGGAGAGUUACAAGAGUCAACAGGGUCUUCCUGGUCCUGCGGGUAACAUACUAGGACAAUUUGGCAUUGUUCUUCCAGCGGAUGAUGAAGAAGAUGACGAUGACGAUGAUCAUGAUCAGAAUGAACACCAAAAUGUACAUAAUUUAAAAAAGUAAUAAUAAUUUUGUUGUAAAUAAUUACACUAUUAUUACUAGGAAACGUAAAAAAAAAAGAGAACUACUACAUAGUACACAUUAGAAGGGGGGAAGAGGGUGAGAUUUUGAUUCUCUUUUGUUUUGUAGC